AUGGCUUCCUCCUUGUUCCUGUUUUUUUGGUUACUGACUCCAGCCACAGUGGCCAACCUCCAAACUGGUAGUUCAUGUCCAGCGUGUUGGGGGGCCACCUUCGACCUAGAGAGCCAGAGGGAGCUGCUUCUCGACUUGGCCAAGAAAAGUAUCUUGGAGAAGCUACACCUCAGCCAGCGCCCCACACUGAGUCAGCCUGUGUCCAGAGCCGCUCUGAAGACCGCACUACAGCGCCUCCGUGGGCCUCAUCGACAGAAAACCCUGCUGGAGCAUGACCCGACACAAGAAUAUGAGGUCAUCAGCUUUGCUGAGACAGGCCUCUCCAGCAUCAACCAGACUCGUCUCGAUUUUCACUUCUCCGACAGAGCUGCUGGCGGCACGGAUGUCCGGCAGGUCCGCCUCAUGUUCUUUGUGCAACUCCCUUCCAAUGCCACCCAGACCCUGAAUGUGCGAGUUCUCGUGCUAAGACCAUAUGACACCAACCUCACCUGGACAAGUCAGUACCCGCUGCAGGUGGAUGCCAGUGGCUGGCACCAGCUUGUCCUGGGGCCUGAAGCUCGGGCUGCUUGCAGUCAGGGGCAUCUGAGUCUAGAGCUGGUAACGGAAAGCCAGGCAGCCCACGGUUCAGUCAUCCUGGGUGGGUUUUCUCACAGGCCCUUUGUGGCAGCUCGGGUAAGAGCCGGGGACAAGCAUCGGGUUCACCGACGAGGCAUCGACUGCCAGGAAGGGUCCAGGAUGUGCUGUCGACAAGAAUUCUUUGUAGACUUCCGUGAGAUUGGCUGGCAUGAUUGGAUCAUCCAGCCUGAAGGCUAUGCCAUGAACUUCUGUACUGGCCAGUGCCCGCUACAUGUGGCCGGCAUGCCUGGCAUCUCUGCCUCCUUUCACACCGCAGUGCUUAAUCUACUGAAAGCCAACACGGCUGUCGGCGCCUCUGGAGGAGGCUCAUGCUGUGUGCCCACAGCUCGACGUCCUCUGUCUUUGCUCUACUAUGACAGGGACAGCAACAUUGUCAAAACGGACAUACCUGACAUGGCGGUAGAGGCCUGUGGGUGCAGUUAGCCUCUGUGAGAUAUAGGCAGCCUGAGGUAGAGCAGGCACACGUGUGUCCUUACAAAGAUGGCCUUCCUCAGGAGGAGGAAGUGAUUAUGUUCCUGCCUCUGUCCACAAUGUAACCACCUUUCUAAGCAUACAGACUACCCUCCAUUGACUCCAGGAGAUCUACAGCUAAAGAGAGUCACCCAUAACCACCAGCUUCUCUCUCUCCUGGGACAUGGUUGACCCAGAGCACCCCUCAUUCUGAACCCUAGUCCAGGGGCUAAUCCACCACCAAC